CCGACCGAGGCCAGCUAACAGGACAAUAAACUUCAACAACUCGUUCAUUUUUUUCCUGUUAUUAUUAUUAUUUUCUCACAGCAAAAGCUUUCUUCAUACUUAAUCCCUCUCAUAUUCCAAAUCCCAUCAAUGGCGAGCACCUGGGCUUACGCUCUAUUCAUUCUCUUCAUCUCGGCCUCCGCUAAUGUUCAGAAUAAAGUGACAGAUAACCCGGCCGACCAGCUAGUAGCCACAAUCAACAGCAACAGAAGCGCAAGCAGAUCACCUUCCCUCUACAGCAACCCGGGCCUCGCUUGCAUUGCCCUCCAAUACAUCAAAGCCUACCAAGGAGACUGCAACUCAGUCGGGGGCCCGAACGCCAAAAAGCCCGCGGACUCCGAAUUCGCGGAGACAUUCGCACCCAACUGCAAUGUCGAGGUCUCGACUCUCACCCCAAUCACGGGCCGCCUGCUCGGGUGUCAGUCGGAGUACGCAAACCCGUCCCACGCAUUCUCGGAUAUUCUGAUGAAGAAUAACCGGAGCCUGGAGAUAGUGCACAGUAGGAACCACACGGAGGUGGGAGCUGCCGUGAGUGGCUCGGACGGUGGUGGGCCCUACUUCUGGUGCGUGUUGUUUAGUGGUGGCAGGUCGAAUAGCAGUUUCGUGCUGGAGGGGCACGUGGCAAGGAUAAGCAGGCCAGGGUGUUUUAGUGGGGCGAAUGACCCGUGCCGUGGUGCGGGUUAUACGGUGGGGGCUUCUUCGCCUCUUUGGAGGAUUUUGGGGAUGUGUUUGGUUUUGUUGAUGACAGGACUUUGAUUGAUUUGUUAUAAAGCAGUUGGGUUUCUGGGACUUUUUUAUGCUUUGGCUGUCAGAUUGGUUUAUUGCAGUGAUGGGAGGGAAUGCGCCAAAAUCGGAAUUGAAUAUUU